AUGGCGGCUCACCUAUUUGCGGUCCUGCUGUGGUGCGCUGUACUUCUUCCUGACCUCUUUGCAGUGCCGUCUUUGCCGACGAUCACCUGUGGAAAGGACAGCGUGGCGGUGGCAGCGAGCCUAGGUGUCCAGCACAUCAAUGGAAAGCACAAUCAUGGGUUCAGGUUUAAGCUGCAGGAGGUCCAGAGCAGCAAAUAUCAACAGGUAUCAGGAGGUUGCCAUAUAGAUGUGAAUGUGAAGCUUGUGCAGACCAAAUGUCACUUCACCAACCCCAAACCUGAUGACCAAUGUGAGCUGUGGCGACGGGAUGAACGGGGUGCAGUGGCCACUUGCAGUAUUGAAUUUUGGGUUAUGUGGGGCGUGGCCAAAGUCACCAGACACGAAUGCACCACCAGGCCAGAACUUUCCAAUGAGGAGAUUGUGACCAUUUGUCCCCACUGCCCCGAGUUGUUACCUCUGGAAGACCCGACGGCCAUGAAGGCUGUGCAUGCCGCUGUGGACAAGUUCAACCGGGAGAGCGAACACCAGAAUUACUUCACCCUAAUGGAAGUGGCUCGCGUGACAAUGGGGUACAUUGCAACGAUCGGCACGGUUACCUGGCUCAAGUUCGCCCUGGUGGAGACGACGUGUCCUAGAGGGGCCAGGAAUACUUUUGUGGCCUGCAUGCCUCUUUGUCAAGACAGAGCUCGUCAUGUCUUUUGCCAAACUUCAUAUUACAACUUGCACAGACAAGUGGGAGAACUUGACUGUGAAUUGUAUCUACCAAAAAAUCCGGGCCCCCACCCGACCGGUGUGCCAGAGCCCGUGUGCAGGCCAUUGUUCCACCAAAGUCCGGAAGCUUGUGUUUGCAAGGAGCGGCUGAACAACCCCAAUCCAUCCAUUCACCACAUUUGCCCCUUCCCGCUUAAGUGA